AUGCCCAUCGAACUGAAGGCUCUGGGCAAACCCCAAAAUCCAACCUUGCGCUCCAUGCGGCGACUUGAGACCGGCUGUACCAGGCCCUGGCUUCCUUUCAAAGGCCUCUUCCAAGCGGUCUUCCCAAGCUCUCUGUCAGCAGACUCCGGACUCUCCUCCAACAUGCUCCUCGUCCUGCUUUACCUGGCUGCACUCAGCCAGACUGUAGCUUCCCGAGAAGAAUUUCAAAGCAGUACCACCAUAGAUAUCAGCGCCUGCCCCAUCUACUUUUUUGGACAACGUUACAACAAUUUAUACAUUGCAUUUAACUUCCGCAAGUUUUCCGCACCAGUUGUGAGAAUUGCUGGUUAUACCAGCAAAACUCAUCUCGUGGACUUGGUUGUCCGUGGUGUUAUCCUGGAUAAGUGGAAUGUUCUCUAUAUUCACCAAGCUUUUCGGGGUGUGACUCAAAAGGCUUCAGUGUACAGUGCAGUCAACAGGCGAACCUCACAGUGCCCAUCCACGUGCACUGUGAUUGGCUCCACUGUCAUCAGGUUUGACGGCAAUGUGACCUCCAUCCCAAAUCGCUGUACUUACUCUCUGAUGUCACAUAGGGGUGUCCGGCUGGAGGCGGUCUUCAAGGACCGCCGCCGUAAAGACAUCAGUUUUCUGGACCAAGUGAUUCUGUACAAUUCGGGUGUCAGCUUUCACCUGGGACAAGGUGGAAGAGUUCAGGUGAACGACACGGUGCUGAGCCUCAGUGACGUGCCUCAGCAGCUUCACGGCGUGAAACUCUCCAAGGACAAAACCGGAGUCACCGCCAUGUUCCCGCUCUCCAAGGUUUCCGUCUUCUUUGAUGGCUACACCGCACAGAUCACCACGCCAGGUGGAUUCCCCAGCAUGCAGGGUUUAUGUGGCAACAGGACUCUGAGUGACAUGAAGUCCGCUUCCAGCUCCUCCAGCUGUGAGGUGCUGCACAGGGAACGUAACGACACAAGCAUCAACUGCACCAUGGUGACGGAACGCUGUAAUGUCCUGAGGGAGGCGCCCUUCACCGCCUGCCACAACCUCACCGACCCAGAGCCCUUCAUCACCGCCUGCACCAGCAAUCUGUGCAAAUAUCCAGUGGUGGACGGUUUCAGUCGGUGCCAGUUCCUGGAGGCCUACGUCGCCGCCUGCAACCUACAGCCUUCCAACAAAACCCUGCAGGGCUGGAGGUCAAAAGCCAACUGCUCCGCCCCCAAGGUCAUCUGUAACGACACCUUCUGCAGCCCUCAUGAGUUCUGUGCGGUCGACAUCAGUGGUAAAACCAGCUGCUUCUGUCGGGCCAUCUUCGCCUCCAAAUACAGAUCAAGAAACACUUUAGGCGAGCCGACGGUCUGCGAUAACAACUCCGCCACGGUCACCCUGGCCGGUUGUCUCCUGAACGAAAGAGGCGUCGACUACUCCAUGUUACACCUCAACAACAACAGCUGCAGAGGAGAGAUGGACAACAAGACCCACAUGUUGACCUUCAGCUUCGACAGCAACAACACCUGUGGGACGGUGGUAAUGGCCAACAACAGCCAGAUCAUCUACAAGAACUCCAUCAUGAAACAGAACAACACUGGCGUCAUCACUCGCCACGACCAAUUCCAGAUCGACUUCUCCUGCUACUACAACCAGCCAGAGAUCAAGACCAUGGCCUUCAAAAUCAGAAACAGCUCUGUUAUCCAGAAGAUUAUAUCUGGACCUUGGAAUUACACUCUGACCAUGAAGGCCUACAGCGAUGCCGGCCGUACAAAAGCCAUCAAUGCAAGCACCGAAAUCCAGCUGCAGCAGAAAGUCUUUGUGGAGCUGAAGACCGAGGGGCUGGACGACCAACUGGUUUCCGUGGUGACCGAUUCCUGCUGGGCCACCGACCAGUCGUCGCCCAAUGGGAGUCUGAGAUACGACCUGAUCAUGAAAGGCUGCUCCAACCCAGCCGACGACACAGUGACGGUGAUCGGCAACGGACUGGGAACAUUCAACUACUUCUCCUUCAACAUGUUCCAGUUCACUGGGAAGAACGGUGACAUCUACCUGCAUUGCAGACUCAACCUGUGUGUGAAGAACAACAACACCUGCGCGCCGAAGAUUCAAACCAGUUUGGCUCUGUGCCACAAAGUCCCAGCCAGUUCUCCAGACUGUUGA